CUCUUGCUAGUUCCUGUUAUAUCCAACCUCUCACUCGGAAAGGGGCUGCAACUGCCAAGUUGAUCGAGCAGCGACAGCCCUUAAAUCUUCUCAUCCGGCCUUUGGUGCACACCCGUCUCAUAAUGCGGCUUCCACAAUCCCUCGUUUUCCUUGCCAUUGGGAGCUCUAUCCCCCUUACAAGCGCAUCCCCGCAUGCAUACGAACUGGCCCCGGCCGACCGACAGCCAGCACUUCCGUCCUUUGCCCCAAACCAACUCCCGACCCCUGGUUCCUCCCUCUCGCUCUCCCGACCUUCCGCAACCAAUUCACCCGUCCUAGACGAGCGAGAAAUCGUCAAUGCACCUCCCGUCGCCCAGCCUACAAAACACUCACAAAUGUCCCCUGUGAUGACGGUCAACAUCGGUGGGAAACCGGUCCUGUACACACAGAAGUUCUCCGAUGUGCCAGACCAGUGGCCGCAGCCGAAGCAAGGGACGAUUGGACUAGGGUCCUUGAAGGGAACGAUUGGUCAGACGAAGACAAUUGGGAAGCGAUCUCCGGUGGAAACUACGACGCUAAACGCAAAACAAUUCAGAUGUAGGACGCCGGAGUGUGCGAAGGCACUAUCCGAAGACGCAGUCAUCCUCGGCUGAUGGAUUACUCUUUCUUCUCUAUGAACGUGGGAAGCUUUCAGGUGGAUUUUCUCUAUGGAUGGAUGGUCGUGGCGUUGAGAAGUACAGACGGAUAUUUUGAGUCCCGUGGUAAAACGAUGCGUGAAUACGCACCAUGGGAUAUAACAGAUGAAUGAACUUUUCUUGGGAGUACACAUUUAAGACCUUCAGAUGGGUAGAGUAACAUUGUACUCCUCGACCUGAGUCAUAUGCAGCUUAAUUCUUUGUAAUUUAAUGGUACUUGUCUUUAUCACUU